AUGGCACUCGACUUUAGCCUCCCAGCUAUACACGAUAACGAGGAUGGAUCGUGGGGUCCAUCCACCUCCACCCUCCCCUCUCAAUUCAAAGAAAUCCCUUACGCGCCCUACUCCAAAUCCGACAAGAUCUCCCGCAUAGCGGACUGGCACGACCCGUCCGAGCUCCUCGGCCCGAACGGACAGCCGGCCAAGAAUACCCGGCCGCAGGGACAGCGCAGGCGCGAGGCGUUCGGCGCGGGCGAGAGCAAUGCCUUUGGGUAUGUGCACGAGGAGGACGAGCGGAGCUUUAGCGUCGUGGAUUCCGGGAGGGCGUUGGCGGGCAAGAAGACGGGGGUGCCGAAUAUGAACCGGGGGCGGGGGAGGGGUGGGGCGAGGGGAGGCGCGAUGGGCGGCAGGGGAGGGCCUGGGGGAAGGGGGAGGGGCGGGUUUAGUGCUGGGCGAGGAAGAGGAGGCGGGAGGUUUGGCGAUUUCAGGCAGCCCCAGAGGACGAGGGACUCGUCGGUUACUGUCGGCCCGGAAUGGCAGCUUCUGGAUGAGAUUGAGUUUAGCCGCCUGGCCAAGCUCAACCUCAACGUCGAGCAGCCCGAGGACCUCAAAUCCUGCGGUAUGCUCCAGUCGUACGAGAAGACGUUCGACCGGAUCACCACCCGUCUCGAGAAGCCCCUCGAGAUUAUCGGUCGGACCCGGUACAACAUCACCACCUCGGACGACCCCGUCAUCGCUCAGCUCGCCGAAAGCGGUGCCGCCAAGAUCUUCGCUACCGACUCUAUCCUCUCUGUACUCAUGUGCGCCCCCCGAUCCGUCAACUCGUGGGACAUCAUCCUCGAGCGCCGAGGCAACAACCUCUUCCUCGACAAGCGGGACGGCGGCUCGUUUGACUUUCUCACCGUCAACGAGAACGCCGCGGACCCACCCGCCGACAGCGACGAUCCGGACAAUAUCAACUCUCCCUCCAACCUCUCGCUCGAAGCGACCUACAUCAACCAAAACUUUUCGAGCCAGGCCAUCGCGGCGUCUUCCAAGGCACACGAGCCGGCGCCCAACCCGUUCUACUCUGCCGAGGAUGAGACGGAGCCCCUCGCGUCGUGCCUGUACAAGUACAGAAAGUUUGACUUGACGACGAGCAAGGAGGAGGGCGAGGAGGUGGCGAUCGUCGUGAGGACCGAGGUGGAUGCGUACCUCGCGAAAAAGAGCCAGCACGUGACUAUCAAGGCGCUGAAUGAGUACUCGGCCAAGUCGGCGACUGCGACGGGGGCCAAGGCGCUCGAUUGGCGCAAGUUCCUCGAUACACAGAAAGGAGCGAUUGUGGCGGGUGAGAUGAAGAAUAAUUCGGCCAAGCUGGCGAGGUGGGCGGUGCAGAGUUAUCUGGCCGGCGCGGAGCAGAUGAAGAUGGGUUAUAUCUCCAGAGCCAACCCCCGCGAUGCCCAACGCCACGUCAUUGUCGGCGUCCAAUCGUACAAGCCUCUCGACUUUGCCCGCCAGAUGAACGUCUCGCUCACGAACGGCUGGGGGAUCGUGCGCACGAUUGCCGACCUGGCGCUCGCGAGGCCAGAAGGCAAGUAUGUGCUUGUCAAGGACCCGAACCACCCCACUCUGCGGAUGUACCAGGUUCCGGACAAUGCGUUCGAUGCGGACGAUAUGGAGAUGGAUGGGAUGGAGGCUUAG